AUGUCAGCUUCUUGUGAAAUUCCUUCUUUCAAAUUAUUUGAAACUGAAUUGACUUAUUCAUUCUUAGAUAUCCAACCAACUUCAAAAGGUCAUGCUUUAAUUAUCCCAAAAGAACAUGGUGCAAAAUUACACAAUCUUUCAGAUGAAUCAUUAUCUGAUUUAUUACCAAUUGCUAAAAAAGUUGCGAAAUUGUUAGGUGUUACUCAUGAUGAUGGUCCAGAAGGUGUAGGAUAUAAUCUUUUACAAAAUAAUGGGAGAUUAGCUCAUCAAGAAGUUGAUCAUGUUCAUUUCCAUGUUAUUCCAAAAUAUGAUAAAGAAACUGGAUUAAUUGUUGGUUGGCCAGCUCAAGAAACUGAUUUUGGUAAAUUAGGUGAAUUACAUACUGAAUUGAAAGCAAAAUUAGAAUCUGGAAAAUUCUAA